AGAUGGACACUUCCGCCGUUGUUUGUGUGUUUGGGUGAGACAAAGCGGAGAAAAUUCAAAAAUUAAAAUUAAUAAAAACUCAGAAAAGAUUAAAGAAGAAGCUCCGCGACGCUCAAAACCACGGCGCGGACUAACGCGGGGGUACGGAUUAAACCUGGAGGAGAGAAACACGAACGGCAGAAACUGAAGAUUUUGAACGGAGCCGGAGAUGAAGCUGCUGAAGCCGAGCUGGGUCUCGCAGAACGGGAAACCGAUAUUUUCAGUCGAUAUUCAUCCAGAUGGAACGAAGUUCGCCACAGGUGGUCAAGGCGAGGACUCUGGGAAGGUUGUCAUUUGGAACAUGGCUCCGGUUCUCCGAGAGGAGGAUGAGAAAAAUGAGAACGUUCCCAAGAUGCUUUGCCAGAUGGACAAUCACUUGGCGUGUGUGAACUGCGUGCGGUGGUCCAAUAACGGUCUGUACCUCGCCUCGGGAGGGGACGACAAACUGGUCAUGGUGUGGAAGAAAGCGGCGUUUAUUGGUCCCAGUACGGUGUUUGGGUCCAGCAGUAAACUGGCCAACGUGGAGCAGUGGAGAUGUGUGACCAUCCUCAGAAACCACACGGGAGAUGUAAUGGAUGUUGCCUGGUCCCCUCAUGAUGUUUGGUUGGCCUCCUGCAGUGUGGACAACACUAUCGUCAUCUGGAACGCUCGGAAAUUCCCAGAGAUCGUGACGACUCUGAAAGGUCACACUGGUCUGGUGAAGGGUUUGACGUGGGAUCCUGUAGGGAAGUAUAUAGCGUCCCAGGCUGAUGACCACAGUCUGAAGGUGUGGAGGACCAUGGACUGGCAACUGGACACCAACAUCACCAAACCCUUCAGUGAGUGUGGUGGUACCACUCAUGUUCUUCGUUUGAGCUGGUCUCCCGAUGGUCAGUAUUUGGUAUCCGCGCACGCCAUGAAUAACUCCGGACCGACGGCUCAGAUAAUCGAGCGAGACGGCUGGAAGACUAACAUGGACUUCGUCGGCCAUCGCAAGGCCGUCACUGUGGUGAAGUUUAACCCGAAGAUUUUUAAGAAGAAACAGCGUAAUGGCAGCGCCCCCAAACCCAGCUGCCCGUACUGUUGCUGCGCAGUGGGCAGCAAGGACCGCUCGCUGUCCGUCUGGCUCACGUCACUGAAGCGCCCUCUAGUGGUCAUUCACGACUUGUUCGAUAAGUCCAUCAUGGAUAUUACAUGGACUCUGAAUGGUCUGGGAAUGCUGGUGUGCUCAAUGGACGGAACGGUGGCUUUUCUGGACUUUUCCCAGGAUGAGCUGGGAGACCCUUUAAAUGAGGAGGAAAAGAACACCAUUCACCAGAACAUAUACGGAAAGAGCCUGGCCAUCACCAUGGAGACGCAGCUUUCCUCCACCAUUAUCGAGAACCCGGAGAUGCUGAAGUAUCAGCAGGAACGGCCGGGGGCCCAAACCACCAGCAGGGUCCAGGGAGCCGGCCUGGAGAACCAAACGCCCAAAUUGACCAACGUGGUCAAUGGCGAGUCGCUGGAGGACAUUCGCAAGAACCUGCUGAAGAAGCAGGUGGAGACCCGAACAGCAGACGGCCGGAGGAGGAUCACUCCACUCUGUAUCGCACAGCUGGACACAGGGGAUUUCUCCCCCGCUCUGUUUAACAGUGCACCCAUCCUGCCGGGUUCCUCGGCAGCCCCCCAGCUGACCCCCCAGCUCUCCUCUGACUCCAAUACAGCAAACUCCCUCUGUCUGAGAGCCAAUCAGGAGCCUGCAGCAUCGCCCACCAAAACUGCCGCUGACGACAAGGACGGUGGAACUCCAGCCCUGAACUCCGUUGGUCAGAAAUCCAAUCUGCUGCUGACCGCUGCUUCCAAGAUCGAGCCAAUGAAAGCCCUGGAUUCACGGUUCACAGAAAGGUCCAAGGCCACACCUGGGGUCACCAGUGCACCAGUCAACCUAGGCAUUUCUCCACUUGACAGGGUGAAGGACAGUGGAGGUGUGAAGGACUGGAAGAUGAAGGAGGAGACGAGCAGCGACAGUGAAGAUAAAGUGCAGAAAGCGCCGCCUCUGGCCAAACGCAAGACUGACAUGGAGGCAGCAGAGGUGGUGGAGAAGAGGAAGAAGGGAAGACCCAGAAAAGAUGCUAAAAUGAUGAUGGCCGUGCCACAGGCGUACCCACAGACUCCAGUCUCAGUGGAGAAGGAAACGGCUCGGAUCCCAGCUCCUACAAUAUCGUUAAAACUUCACGCGCCCGCAAUACAGAAGUCUUUCACCAUACAGGUUGGUACGGACCCCGUCAUGUACCUGGAGGUGGAGAAUGAUGCUUCUGUUGUCGCUGGAGCUCGUAUUAGCCAACUCAGGUGCAGCAGAGAUGGAAGAGAGUGGGACACAGUUCUCCCCAGCCGCAUCGCCACUGCUACCGGGAGCAGUGAUGUGGUUGCCGUGGCGUGUGAGGACCGAACGCUGUCCGUCUUCUCCGCGUGUGGGCGGAGACUUCUUCCAUCAAUCAUGCUGCCGGCCCCCAUAUCAACACUGCAUUGCUCAGCCUUUUUCGUCAUGGCACUGACCGCGUCGGCCACCCUGUCCGUCUGGGACGUUCAGAAACAGGUGGCUCUGGUCAAAAACGAAUCUCUGCACUCCAUCUUAUCAGGUUCUGAUGCUACAGUAAGUCACUCUAUGUUGACCGAUCAGGGUGUUCCUGUGGUGGGACUGUCCAAUGGGAAAUCCUUCUGUUUCAGCUCCGCUAUGGAGACGUGGAAUCUGAUCGUGGAUAAGCAGGAUGCUCUAGUGCAGUGUGCGGACUUCAGGAACUGUCUCUCUUCCCAGGAUGCACUGGGCUCCACAGGGCCACUGGCUGCUACGCAGGGGCGGACUCUGAGCGCGAGCCGGCUGGCGUCCCGUCUGUCCUCCGCCCCCCACCACCUGCAGCAGGGGAUGACCCUGGCUUUCCUGGAGCAGCAGCUCUCCUCCGCACUCGUCCUGCGCUCCACCGCCGAAUAUCGCCACUGGCUGCUGAUCUACACUCGCUUCAUCGUCAACGAGGGUUAUGAACAGCGUUUGCGGGAGUUGUGUAAGGAUUUGCUGGGACCAGUACACAAAUCCAGCAGCAGCUCCUGGGAGCCCACAGUGCUGGGUCUGAGGAAGAGAGAUGUGUUAGCGGAGGUUUUGCCAGUGAUUGGUCAGAAUCUGCGCUUUCAGAGGCUCUUCACUGAGUACCAGGACCAGCUGGAGAUAGUCCGCCUCAAAUAGCACUUUUGACCCCCCCCAGUCCUGGUCAUCGUUAACAGUCUGCCUUAGGUCUCAAUAUGCAGUGACAGUAAACUUCCAUGAUCCUCACUGAGGACCCCGACUCUGUCUGUGUAACAGACGAAAGAACUCUAACGAGAACAGACACUAGUGCUGAUAUUUUUAAAUAGCGAAUUUGGUAAAUAACAAUGAGUUAAGCGUGUAAAUGUGGCGCCAGUGGAAAACGCUGGAGUCUCCUGCUGACGAAGAGAGGAUCCAGGGUUUGUUUGAGUGGUGCUUCUUUUUUUUUUUUUAAUCCCUCCAUCCAUUUUUCUCCUUGUUUUGCUUUUGUUUCUGCGUUGCCAAGACUCCUCUCCAGAAACCGAUACUGAAUCGUUGGAGCCAAUGUUCGCAUCUGUGGAGCCCAUAAUGACUUGGAGGAGCUGACACUGAAUCAUACUGAAUCUGGGUCAGUGCUACUGAAUCAGCGGAGCAGAUUCUGAAUCGUACCGAGUUGGUGUUAAUCAGUGGAGCCAGUACUGAAUCAGUGGAGUCAAAAUGGAAUCAUACGGAGUCGGUAUGAAUCACAUUCGUAUGCUGAAUCCUUUUGAAUCAGUCGUGCUAAUGGUCAUCAUGCUGAAUCAAUGGAGAACGCAGUGAAGCCAUAUGAUUAAGUGGAACACCUACUGAUUCAAUAGGGUUCAGCGUAGCUGGUGUGGAAUUGGUGGAGACGAUACUGAAUCAGUAUGUGUUAUACUCGAUGUUGAAUCGUACUGAAUCAGCAGCAUACUGAGCCAACACCACUGAAUCAUACUGAAUCAGUAUGAAUUGCACUCGCUCAUUGGAACGCAUACUGAAUCAAUUCUCUCUCUCUCUCUCUCUCUCUCUCUCUCUCUCUCUCUCUCUCUCUCUCUC